GCAUUCCUUAUUCAAACGCCUCUCUAUCUGUCUCUCUCUCCCUCCGUCUCGAUUUCUCUGUGUUUUUUUUUUUUUUUUUCGUUUUUUUUCCUUCCUUCCUUUCUGUAGGCAAAUAAUAAAAUAUCGUUGAGGAGAAAGUGGAGGGCUUUGUAUUCUUUUGGCCGUGUGAAUUAUCAUGCGAAGCAAAAGUCUCCCACUUCUGUUUCACACCUUUCAAUCUCUAAACCUUGGAAGAAGAAUCUAGGGUUUGACAGUACCAAGUUCGACAAGGUCCGUCCUUUGGUGCUUUUCUUGCUUUUUCCCUCAUGGUUUGAUCAACUUCCUUUUGUGAAAUAGCUAUGUAGGGUCUGAUCUAUUUGGGUGUUCCAAUUUUCACUGACCUAGUUCAUUGUGGUGUGCUGGUUCUUUGUUUUGGGAAAAUUAAGCAUUUUCUUUGGCGAAACUCCUGGAAUUUCGAUGAAAAACUCGAUCUUGGGCGUUUGUUCGCUGAAAAAUGCGAUUUUGACUAUCUGGGUGUUUGUUUCGUUGGAUAUGGACGGUUGAAUAUCUAUUAUUUAAGUUCUUCUUUCUGAUUACGAGGUCUUUUAUGGUGUGCUUUGGUUAGGUUCUUGGGGUUUGAGUACUUAGGGUUAUUGUUUUUACGUUUGGGCCGAGUAUGGAGGAGGUUGAAGAAGCUAACAAAGCAGCUGUGAAUUGCUGCCAUAGAGUUCUAAGCCUUCUGUCUCAGCCUCAAGAUCAGGUUCAGUGUAAGAAUUUAAUGGCAGAGACUGGGGAGGCUGUAUUCAGGUUCAAGAAAGUUGUUUCUCUUCUUAACACUGGUUUGGGUCAUGCAAGAGUUAGAAAGCUCAAGAAACUCCAUAUCCCUUUUCCCCAAGGCAUCUUGUUGGAGAACCCAAAUUGUAGAACAGACCAGCAACCCAAAAAUCAUCAGUUUCUUCAGUCUAACUUUCCCGAAAAUCCAAUUCAAGAAAUUGGCUCCCACGUUAAGAGUAACUUGUGUUUGGGAAACCCAUCUUUGGAAUUGAGCUCAAAUGGGAAAAGCCCUCUCCAACUUUCCCAUCAAACACCAUCGUCACACUAUCACUUCCUCCAGCACCAACAGCACCAACAGAGGUUAUUUCAGCAGCAACAGAUGAAACACCAAGCUGAAAUGAUGUAUCGACGGAGCAAUAGUGGCAUAAACCUGAAUUUUGAUAGCUCUAGUUGCACUCCCACAAUGUCGUCCACUAGGUCAUUUAUAUCCUCCUUGAGUAUAGAUGGAAGUGUAGCUAACUUGGAUGCAAGUGCUUUCCAUUUGAUUGGGGCACCUCACUCUUCAGAUCAGAAUUCUCAACAGCAUAAGAGAAAGUGCUCUGCCAGGGGAGAUGAUGGGAGUGUGAAAUGUGGAAGCAGUGGUAGAUGUCAUUGCUCAAAGAAGAGGAAACAUAGGGUGAAGAGAUCAAUCAAGGUACCCGCAAUCAGUAACAAGCUUGCAGAUAUACCUCCUGAUGAUUACUCAUGGAGGAAAUAUGGGCAGAAGCCAAUCAAGGGUUCCCCUCACCCUAGAGGAUACUACAAAUGUAGCAGCAUGAGAGGUUGUCCUGCAAGGAAGCAUGUUGAGAGGUGCUUGGAAGAGCCUUCUAUGCUGAUUGUUACCUAUGAAGGCGAGCAUAACCACCCGAGGUUACCAACUCAGUCUACAACCACGUGAGCUGCCGUGGAGAGAUUCACCAAGGCCAAGCCCUGCUAUUUAGUUUAGCAACAUCUAAUGUAUUUGGUUGGCUUGGAAAUGCUCCUGUACAUAUUUUGCAUCUCCUCACAUGGAUAUAUAUACUUUGGGAGCAGUUUUUUGUUUUUUGCUAUUUUUUUUUUUUUGGGGGCUUUGGAGGGUUGAGUCCGACCCUUUAUAGCUUAUCUUUGCAAGUGGGCAUGCAGCCCGGCGCUUAACUGAAAAAUCAUGUAAUAUUGGAGGUGUCAAUUUGUAUAAACUCUCAGCCCCUCUUAGCAAGCGAUGUUUUAAUCUCUAAUUGUGCAUGAUUCGAUGCUGCA